AUGAGCGACAUUGCCGACGCAGCAGCAGCCAAGCAAUCCGAAGUCACAGCCUGGUUCGCGGAAUGCCAGGAGAAACAAAAGAUCAAGACACCCCAGGAGAUAUUCCAAGACAAACAUGCAGCGCAAAGAGCCGUCAUUGACCAGGAGCUCAGGUCACUCAUAGGGCUGGAUCCUGAAAGCGACGUGACUUCAACCGGAGACCGGCUUGUUCGGUAUGCUGGUCAGCUAAAGGAGCUUGAACAGGAGCAUGCAUCUACCAAGGACACCAAUGAUCGCGCUUUUGCGGAAGAAGUAGAAGAGCGACACAAGAAGUUCUUUGCUUCGUUUGUCCAGAUUGUGGGUGCUGAUCUUGCAGGCAGAUGGAUGAGAGAGCUCCAGGGGAAACCGACACCCGUCGAGGAGGAUGCACCUAUGUUUGACGACUCGGAUCCGCAACCAGAGCCUUCUGCUGCUCGAGAGAACCAAGUCCAGCCACCAAAGCCCCCUACGAAUACACGCCCUGAGGCGAGCCAGGACCGAGAGAGAGAGCAGGAAUCUCAUGAGGAUACGGAGACAAGCCAAGACAAGCCCCAGCCAAAUGGCGAGCCUCAGACAAAUCAAAAUACCACAGCGCGCCGACAGGGUCCAGAAAGGGGGCGACCUCCAGAUCCGAGUUCACCACGGCCCCGCCAAGCCCAGCCCCAGACAGACUCUUCCUCUGCUUCGAACCAACAAAAUGGGACGCCUCUCCAGCGCCACUCAGGUGCUCGACCAGCUGGGAGUCAGCGCAAGAGGCCGGCAAGUCCGUCUGGAUCGAGAAAUGAACCCGAGAAACGCGCUCGCGUCGAGGACCCUCUUACCGAAAGAUCUAUUGACUUUGAACAAGUCUUUCAAGAUGGAAACGCCGAAAUCAAGUACACGAUCGCUCGCUACCCUCGCAAAGACGGCAACUGGUACAUUCUAGAGUGCAAAGAACAUGGUCAGCACUUUACCAACGACCCGAUCCUUGGUGCCGCCAAACACCUGGCGACUGCCGUUCAUGGCAACUUGCCCAGGAAGCAUGAACUGGCUGUUAGUAUUCUGGGCACGCUGGUCAAGAACUGCACUCCAACGAGGGUGGAGACGAAUAACGAGGUGGCCCAAGAGGCUUUCGACCAGGGACUUGGAAUCCCCGUGACGAUCAAGCGCCCGAAACGACCACGGUUCGACGGCGGUACCGCUGAACCCCGCGCGGUAGUACCUGGCCACCCUCACACUCGCAGCAGUCAGGCUGUGUCUGGUAUCAUGAACCCUAAAGCGGGCGAGAUCUACGCCGCUUACUGGAAGAGCUCCAGAAGCUUCUAUCCGGUUCUCAUCCUGCCCUGGGGAAGCUUCCAACAUAUUGGUUUCAAGGGGACGCUGCCGGACACAGGACUGUUGGACGAUACGCCAUCCUGCUAUGCUGUCGAUGGCGAAGUGGGAGAGUGGGCUGAGGGCUACGAGGAAGGCGGUGCUUUGGUCUCGAAGCGUCAAUUCCCAGUUGUGUACUUCGAUGAACUCAAGUUUCCUGAGGAGAGUUCUGUUGGGUGGGUUCCUGUUGCUGACCUGAAGCACUUUGACCCUCAUGACAUGAGCAUCCUUCAGAGAGAGUCUGUCGCCGAGUUUAUCGAGAACCAGAAGAGCCAGAACCCUGACACCAUUAUCAGAAUCGGGACUGAAUCUCCGGUUCCUGGUCUGGAGCCAGAUAUUCUGGAGAGAGGAGAGCCACUUCACAUGGACACAUUGACUGGUUCGCCCAGCAAUGAAAACGGUGCCGAUGAGCAUGAGGCGUCACGAGGAGGCUUGGCUCAUCAAGACGUUUUUACGACGCCGCCGGAGGAGACUCCACAGCCAGAGGAUGGACCAGACGGCGGAGAGCAGAGCCCAGUCCUGGAAGCAAAUGGUAACAAAGCUACUACCAACGGUGAUUCUGUUUUUACUGCCAACAAAAAUGUCACUUCCAGCGAACCGGCAGCCAACAAUGGCGAAGCUAGCCAGAAUCGUCCCAUCGUUGUGGAUGAUGAUGAUUCUUCUGAUUCCGAGAUUGAUCGUCUCAUGAGCUUCCAGCCACUCAGCAACCCGGCCGAUCUCAUCACAUCAGGAAACGACUUUUUACGACCGCGCUCUAGCGAUUCUCUUUUGGAUUCACUUCUUCAAGACAAAGACGGGGGCGACGCCACCAAGGCAAACGGUACAUCACCUACAGUGCCGACCAACCAGUCAGUCCCCAACCAGCCAGCUCCCGAGACCUCGCGCAGUCACCCUCACGAGCCCAGGUCUGAGCAUCAAAUAGGAACUGCCCCUCCAGUGACCACCGUCCGCCCAGUUACGGUCGCUCCGACAGUCAAGACUGCCCCUCCGGCAACCAACGCUUCUACAGAGAGGGCGCCUCCUACAACGAUUUCCCCUCGUUCAGUGGCCGCGCCUCAGCCACUGACAACAGCUGGUAACCCUAGACGACUCCUAGCCCCUAAACCCGACAUGUCCAGAACCCAAUCAUCACCCAUCCCAGCCACGUUGAUGCCAGACAACGAAUACCUCCAACAACUAGCAGCACAAGCCGUCGUAUCCACGCACUCAGAGAUCUUCAAAACAAACGAGCCCGUGUCACGAAGCCUGCCGAGACAAACAAGCUCCAACUUUGCAGCUACGCCACGUUCCUUUGAGAUACGACCAGAGAAUGCCCGGGCGGAGAGUGUGCCACAUCCGGCACGAAGGAGCAGCGGGUUCUUUGACGCUGUGCUGGGUCCGCGGGCUGGGUUUGUUGAACCGAAUGGGACGCCCCAGUCGUCGUCGGGGAGCCCGCGUUUCUAG